CAUCAUUAGAGUUUCUCCCAUCAGGCAUUGCGGUAACGGUCACGCAAGCUCAGAAAUCAGGAGCUGCCGACCAGUGAGCAAAGUUGAUAAUAAUAAUAAUAGCAUCAUAGCAUAAGCCUUACACAUUUCAAUGAGGAUUUCAUGAGGCAGCAAGUAUGUGUCAUCGAGUUGAUGAUGUCAUGAGGCUGUGUUGUGAGUUAUCUGCCAAUCAGCAAAUCCAGACCACAGUGAAAGGCUCAGGGAAGGGAGCAGCAGCAGCUGGGGGGCUGGCCUUCGCCGGAGGGUUAAUCGGGGGACCUCUUGGUAUCGCAGUCGGCGGCGCUGUCGGGGGCCUCCUGGGCUGCUGGAUGACCAGUGGACAGUUCAAGCCGCUGCCUCAGAUCAUAAUGGAGCUCAGUCCUCAGCAGCAGCAGAAGCUCUAUGACGGUCUUAUGGCGGUCCUGGGAGACGUUCAGUGGACAGAUUUGGCUCAGCUAACUGCUCUGGUGAUGGGCAACACCACCCUGAAGCAGCAGCUUACGGCGACCCUUCUCGGGUAUGUCUCCAAAGAGCUCCAGGGGCAGGUGCACUACGUGGAUUAGUGUCUGCGGACCCUGAUUCAGGGAUUCAGAAGAUAUGAGAGUCAACUGUUUUUUUAUCAUGCUGGAGAGACUCUUUAUCAAAUGUGCAAUCAAAUAUUGUAAACUUGACUGAGUAAUAGUAUUAUUGUGAAAACAGAUGGAUAACUGGAUUAAUUUAUUAUGGGAAAUACACUCCUCAGAUGAUGAAAUUAUUCAUCCACUACAGUUUGAAAUAUUUUAAUUUGAUGGUAAUCUAAGUUUCAUAUCAAUGAAAUAAAAAGUUUGGUGUGUUUCA